ACGCUCUCAAGAUCUUCACUCUCACUUUCUCUUGUGUCACCACAUAUACGCUUAACUACCAUGGGAGCUAGAACUUUUAGCCAUAUGGCCCCUUACCUAUGGAACUCUCUCCCUCGAUAUAUUAUUAUUAUUAUUAUACUGACAUGUCUGAGGCACUUUCUGGGGACAUUACAGACACAGAUCCGCUCCAUUGCAGUCUACUCUCAGUUUGGUGGUCGGCCUUGCACUGGGAGCUCAACUCGCACACAAUCCUGUAUAUCGACUAAGGUCUGUCCCCUAGAGGAGGGCUGUGGAGAACGGUUCAGAUGCCAGUCCGGGAAAUGUAUCAGCCAGUCUCUGGUAUGCAAUGGAGAUCAUGACUGUGAAUAUGGCUCAGAUGAGCAUAAAUGUGACAGUAAAGAGAUCUGUGACCUGCAAAAACCUCCACCAAACGUAGAGCUCACUGGUCAAGGGUUUGAUGCAGUGAGGAGAGAGGCAAGAGGAACAGUUAUCAACACUAAGAGCUUUGGAGGACUGUGUAGAAAGACCUUCAGUGGAGACCAUAUGGACCUAUAUAGACUUCCCCAAAGUGUCCUCAGAUACACUUUCCAGGUCACAGCAAAAAGUGAUUUUACAGAUGAAUCCUAUAGCAGUUCUUGGCACUACCUCGAUCACAGAGAAAAACAUGCAAAAACAACAGGCACAGAUUAUGGGCAUGAGGAUUAUGUCUUUCAUGAUGAGCUGUUUCAGUCACAGUCCAAAAAUCUGCUGAUCAUGAAGAGUGAUGUGGACGUGGCCCAGUUCCAGAACCAGGCCCCAGAAUAUCUGCCACUUUCAGAAGAGUUUUGGAAAGCUCUGCGCUCCUUGCCCGUCGCAUACGAUUAUGCUGCCUACUACAAAGUGCUGGAGAGAUUUGGAACCCACUAUAUUUCAGAAGGCACUCUUGGGGGCCAGUUUAGAUUAUUUAUGGCGGUCAGCCAAGAUGACAUGCAGAAAUUGCGAACUGUGCAAAGAGACUAUAAACAUUGUGUCAAAACGUCCCAUUCGAUCCUGUUUAUCAUCAGGUGGACUACAGAAAAGUGCAGUGAAGACACUUCUCACCAUGUCGAACGUGUCUAUGCAAGCAUACCAAAAAAUGAUAUGACCACAAAUAUUAUUGGCGGAGCUCCUGGAUAUAUUGCACAAUUGUCAAUGUUAAACAAAAACACACCCCUGGAGAAUGGCAGGAUGUUCUCGCAGUGGUCGGGUUCAGUAAAGAACUUUCCAAAAGUCAUCAAAACGAAGCUCAGACCUCUCCAUGAGCUGGUGAAAGAGGUCUCGUGUGCAGGGGUGAAAAAGCAUCACUUAAAGCGUGCAAUUGAGACUUACCUCAUCGAGAAACACCCAUGCCACUGCAGAGAAUGCCAGAACAACGGGCUGCGUGUGCUUGACAAUGAUAUCUGUAAGUGUGUGUGUAAACCAGGCACCAAAGGCCAGGCGUGUGAGCAAGGGACUCCAGAAGAGGAACAGCCAGGAGUGAUCCAUGGAGACUGGGCCUGUUGGUCUUCAUGGAGCACCUGCAGGGAAGGACAGAAAAGCCGGAGCCGUUCCUGCAGUCGCCCGGCUCCUUCGGGCGGCAGGGACUGUAUUGGGAAUGCUGUGGAGACCACAGCCUGUGGUGAUGCGGAGGAAUUAGAUUACCUACGUACUAUGGAGCCUCACUGCUUCGAUGAUUCAGUCACACCCAGGGAAAGUUGUAAAACACCACCCUUCCUUGCUAAUGGGUUUGUUUUGUACCCCAAAGAUGCAUAUCCAGUGGGCAGUAAGAUUGAGUAUGCAUGUAUUGAAGGUUAUCAUUUGAUUGGAGAUCCUAUAGCAGAAUGCCAAGAAAACCUAGACUGGUUACGAUAUCAAAUAGAGUGCAAGAAAACACUGUGUGAUCGACCUCAGCUUCCUCCAGAUGUCACCGGAAGCCCAUGGAAGCUUGCCUAUAACAUCGGUGAAGCGCUCUCGCUUUCCUGUCCUGAAGGCAAAGUCAAAGAGGGUCCGGCUGAGAUCCAGUGCAACGCUGGCCUCUCCUGGUCACCACAGCCAAAAGAAACCAGCUGUCUCACAGUUUUUAAUUCGACCACUGUGUCAGUGCAAUGCCAGCCGUGGGAGAACCUGGCAAAGGAUAAAUGUGUCUGUAAAGUACCCCACGAGUGCAAGGCUUCCUUGGAGGUAUGUGCCACUGAUGUGAAGCGCGGUCGGUCGCAGAGACUGAGUCUGUGUAAAGUACAGGCUAUGCGCUGUCUGGGACACCUGUACACCCUUGCUGAAGACAGUGCCUGCCAGUGGAUACAACGCUCCUCCACUGCUUGUCCACACUGCACCAUCUGGGAGAGUUGUGAUGAGCAAACGAACAGCUGCCGUUGCAAGACAAGUGAGGAAUGUUCAUCCCUGGACGCCUGGAUCCAUGUGUGUGUGCAGCAGGAUGGAGCGUCUGCAGUGACAGUGACAGAAUGUGAAGCGGGCGUGAGGAAAUGCAGAGGAGAGGCUGUCCACAUUGUCAGCAUUCAACCUUGUCAGUCAUAAACUUAGAGGCUCACUAACUAAUUAUAUAGUGUAACCAUAUAUACUGUACUCUGAGAAGGAUUCCUGCAUUCUUUCUUAAAAGAAAAGGCUUGACAAGUGCAGUUUUUUUUCUUGUGUUGACAUAUUUUUCCAUUAAAACAGGAAGUUUGGGCUGGACAAAAGAAUAGAGCACAGCAGUGAUGUGUUUUUGUAGGCCAGACUGUAAGUUAGCAUCUUACUGGUUCUGU